AUCGUUCUUUAGCGCAGGAGCAACUCCUGGAACAUAUCACAAUACACGCUUCCAGCACCUCGAAUUAUAUAUGUAUAUAUAAUACACAGCAGACGGAGCGUUUUAGGUCCGUCUUAAUCAAAUAUAACUCCAAAAUCAAUUGAAUAUCUCUGAGGAAAAUCUGAAAAAUAAGAUAAAAAAAAUAUUUAAAAAAAAGGAGAAUUGUACAUUGCACAGUGUUAACUUAGUUUUAAGGUAACCCCAACGCCAAAAAGUGAAGACGAAGAAGAAGAAGAAGGAGGAGGAAGGUCUGUCAACUAAGUAGACGACUGUCCCUGUCCGAAGAGAGACAGUCGAUCUGCUUCUGCUGUCAGAGAGAGAACCGGAGCAGAAUCUUCUCAACACCUUUUGGUUCCUGUCAAAAGGUUUGAUGAAGAGUGACGUGCGUUCGUAUCCCAGUGCCUUUUUUUUCCGUGUGAGAUGUUCUAUGCAGUGCCAAUCUGACGAGUGACUAAUUUGUUGUCGCACGGAUGAGAACGAGUUGCUUGUGAACUGUCAGAGUUUAAAUCAAGAAUAAGUUCGUGAAGAACAGAAUUGUUUGUGUGUUUGUGAAGAUUAUUUCAUUGUUGCCAAUUAACAGUUAAAUCCUGAAAAAAAAAAUGAUUUUUUUUAUAUCUGAGUCUGGUGUGCCUUUCACAUGAUCUCUUAAAAAAAAUAACAUCUACUUUAUGCAAUAUUAGUUGCCUCCGUAAUCGGUAACAUCCGUAAGAUAAAAGCACCAUUGAAGACUGGCAAUGUUUUUGAAUGAUUCUCAAGUGAAUAUUGUGACAACGCUUGACGAAAAGUAGCGUUUCCUGUACGGUGAAAGUUAUUGAGCAGAGGAAAUAACAGAAGAGGAAGCUUAGUGUUGAACAUUAUUUUUUUUUUUUAAAAAGAGUUCGUUGUCGUAGGUCGCGAAGCAAGAGUUAUUGCAGAAGCUCUAAUCUUAUCUCCGAGAUCAGCGAGUGAAACACAUGUGUCACUGGCCUUAUCUGACUGGUCUUAUCUACCUUCGCGGGUGAAUGGAAGUUUGAAACCGAACUUCAGAGGAUGGAAAAAAGCCUCUGAAAAAAAGAAUCCCACCAAGGCCCCGGAUGAAGUGAAUGAGGAUUAAAGAGAAACUGAGGGCGUUCCUUCAGAGGAGAAGCGGCAUCGGACACCACUACGAGUGCCAAGAUACAGACGACAACAACUCCUACGGGAAGAAGCAGAAGCAGAAGCAGAAGAAGAAGAAGAACAAAAUGGCCUACAAGAGAAGCGGAGGAAGUGCCACGAGCAAAUCCAUGAUGGACCUCAGCAGGUCCACUUCCAGGUGCAGCGAUCAGGGCACCCAGCUCCCGAACGCCAAUUCCAGGGUCUCGGCUUCACACUGGAACGUCGAGACCAAAGGUCGAGAGCACAGGCGGAAACCUCCGGCACCGGAGCCGCCCCCACCGAGGAUAUCCGUGGAUCCGCCAACGUACUCGUCAGUGUUCGCCAACCACGGGGGCUCCUCGUCGCUGCCAGAGGGCGUGGCGGACCACCACCUCCCCCGCCCGAAGAGGGUGUCUUCCGUUCAGUUCGCUGAGGUCCUUGAGGAGGACACCAUUCUAGAGGUAGAGGAAGUACCCGUCGAGGACGACUCGACGACGCUGGCGCCCUUGUCGCGAGACCACAGGUCGAGCACCGGGAGUUCAACGAGCGCUUCCACGCCCAUCACCGCGCCCUCCUACAGGCCUCCUCAGUCGUCGGGGGUGGGUGGGCUGCCCGGUAAUCAUCUGCUGGGGGCGCAGUCUAUGAUUCAGCUUCCCAGGUGUCAUCAGAGUAGUCUGACUUCCGACGAUGAGCCGAAACCAGCCAAGAAGAGGUCGGGUGCUUUACAUGCCUUGAAGAACUUGAGCCGCAGCACGCCGGCGAUGUCCCCGUCAGCGUCCCCGCGGCAUAGUGACUCCGAGGGACCCCCAAGGGUAUCCAAGGGGACAAAGAAGUUCAUGCGUCACUUCGCGGACGCGCCCCCGAGUGAAAGGGUCCUUAAUUAUUUCGCGUGUGCCUUGGUCUCGGACAUACUACUUCAGGGAACGCUCUACAUCACCCCCAACUACUUCGCUUUCUACUCGAAAAUCUUCGGACACGUCAGUAGGUUGCUGAUUCCCAUCAGCCAAGUCGCCAGCGUCCAGAAGGAGAGAACGGCCAAGAUCAUCCCGAACGCCGUGGGCCUGCAGACGAUCGAUGGCAAGAGCUACGUCUUCGGCUCCCUCCUCUCAAGGGACUCCACCUACAAGCUGAUGACCCACCUGUGGAAAAAGGCCCAGAUGAUCCAGGACAGCGACAGCGAGCCACCUACAGGAGUUCCGUUGGCCGUCGAGGACGACUGCGACGACUCGGGGUCGGGCAGCGGCGAGAGCUUCGCCGACGAGGACCAACCCGACGGUGGCGCCGGAGGAGGAGCAGGAGGGAGAAGAAGCUACUUAGCCAGCGCCGCCAUCACCACCCUCACGGGCGUCGUCGCCAGCUCCCCGGCGGUGCCGUGGACCUCCAGGGACUCCUGCCCCCCGACGUUGGCCACCUCUUCCCCCCCGGCGGCUCUGACCUCGUCCUCUUCUUCCUCCGCGGCUGUUGUGGCUUCCGCUCUCACCUCGACGUUGCUGACCAGUCCGAAUAUCGUCGGCUCGGCGGCGGGGGCGGGGGUGGGGGGAGCAGGGAACACCAUAGCCCUCGCUAGUAUCAACGAAGUGGCGGCUGUGUCGCUGCGACGCGACAGCCUGACGGCGACGAAGAGUAGCCUGGAGUCCAGCGAGAGCGAAGGCAGGGGCCUGCUUGGGUGGCUGACGGAGGGGACGCUUGUCAAAACCUGUUGUAGGAUGGGCAGUAUUCCUUUGAGGCUCAUAGGAGACGCCAUGAGGGAGAUCUGGAGCCUCCCGAGGACUUCUCUCCUGCUCCUGAUCUCCACACUGCUGCUUCUGAUGCUGUUCGCGUCUGCUGCCUUCAUGCUGCACAGGGUGGAUGUCCUCAGCCAGCAGCUGGGACUCGAGAAGUACGACGAGUACGAUGGCAUGUACGAGGAGGUUCUUCAGAUGCAGCAGCGAUUACACGCUGCAGCCUCGUCGGAAAUUGAAAAGACCCUUAGUAUACAGUUGAAGCAUAUUGCCACGGUCCGGCAGUCCUUAGAAGCCUUGGUGGUGCUGUUCAACAAGGAACCCCCGGUGAACGCAGCACGCAUCCCAGACAAUACGUAACAGCAGCUCUUUUAGGGCUGUCGGUUCCUCUGUAGCCCUCGGUUCCACAAACUCUCCGAAAAGGGGAGAGAUGCUUCCUGUUUUCAGCUGAACGUUUUCGCAGAUAAUCGUCAAAGCCUUAUUAUAUCCAGGAGUUGAUAACUGAUAGUAUAUCCAGAACUUGAUAGAUGAUAAUGUAACCAGAAGUUCGUAGAUGACAAACGUCCUCCAUUCAGUUUUCUGUGGAGGGCGAGAUCUUCAGAAAAUCGCAGUACUGCUUUCAUUUCGAACUGGAAAAAAACAAAAUGGAAGGUUAAGGGACAUCUACCAGAGAUAGUUGGAAAUAAAUAAAUAAAUAAAAAAGUAUUAUUCAAGAGAGUACCACUGUCAGAGAACAAUAAUAAUUCUUGACGAAAGACUCGCAGACUGGAAGCUGAAGUGGUUGAUGAAGAAAAUUCUUUUAAAA